GAGGAUUUUCAAAACCUUUGAGACAUCACAGCCCUUAUUAAAAGAAUGUUAUUACAGUAUUCAAAGGCCUUUUGUGUCUCAUGUUCAAAUGCUGUUCUGGAGGCAGCUUUCUUACUUCCCUUUCACCAUUCCUACCCUUAUUAGUGUGGCAUCUGAAUGUUUGGGCAGCAUAGAUUUGUUUUGUAUCACAGUAAUGUGAGGAAAUCUUACAGCUUGUGGAGAGGCAAGGCUGAGGAUUGGGGAGUCCAGUUAUCUUGAUCCUUCACUUCACAGUACUUUGAGGAAGAUAAAAUAUCUCUACAUACACUUUUCAAAAUGUAAUACUUUGUGUCUCUGCGAAUUUGAGCUCUUGAGACAUGAAGAUGGGCAAUUGGAAUGUGAGGGGCUGUUUGGUUGGACUGACCGAGGAGAUGCAGCGUUGAGAUUGAGUGCUGUAACAGUCUGAGUUUAUAGUUCAGAUCCAUUGAGCAACGUUCAGCUGCUUGUCUGCGAGGCCACCGUUACUCAUUGUAACAUGCCUGUCUGUUUUUCUGGUGCAGCACACGGGUUGCCCUGCUGAAUGUGAGCUUCCCAGCUGUCCAUUCAUUGUGCAGUCACACCUGUUGUGCCAUGCCAGCCAGUCAGCAUGAUGUCUGAAUGUGUCUCUUUGAUAUGGUAGCACUUAAAAUUUAUGGCACUGAUUUAGGAGGAUGGUGACACACAGAUGAUCUGUGACUGGCUGCUGUGUUGAGUAACAUUUUACACAUUGGUGUGAUUUUGUGAUUUAAAAAUGACUUAGCUAAUCUUGCAGUUUAAUGUGGAUGAAAGAAUUCUGUAGAUAAGUUUGCAUAGAUUUAUCCUCAUGAAAGUCAAAAGUCUGCUUUGCUGAGCAUAAACUACAGUUAGGUUUUGCGGUUGAACUUCCUAAACUUUUUUUGGGCGGGAGCCAUUUUUCUCUUGAAAUACAUUCAGGAGAAUGCAGUGCUCUCUAGGUCGGGUAGUACCCAUCACCUGGCAAAAUGAAACUACCUGAACUUCAAGUAGCAUGUGCUUUUUUUAAAUAAAAAAAAAAAAAGCAAGUCAUCUUCAUGCAGUUCUGUGAGAGGCUUUGUCACAUUGCCUCUGAAGAAAUGAUUGUUCUGGCUGGUAUUUAAUAAACGUACAGUGUCUCCUUGAUUCUGAAGUGCAACCACACUGUUCGUAUUAUCUUCCAUCAGCAUUUUCUGAUGUCUUUCCCCCCUUAAAGGAAGAAGGAUGCACGGCACAAGUAUGUGAGAUUUAUGAAGUGUGGCUCUCUGAAAUACCUGUCUGAAAACUUCUGCUAGUUAUUUAACAGCAUUGUUUUUUGUAAAGGAGAUUUGUGUCCCAUAUUGUUGAGAUUUCAAGGAUCAAACCUCUUCGGUGGGAGGCAGAAGAUAAGAACAUGAACAUACCUUGCUGAGUACUGCUCUUAUCUAUUUCGGACUGGGAAUCACGUUACGUUCACUUGGCAGCUUGUUCAAAGCAUAGCAGUUUCUGCUUCUAGAAAAGCAGUUGUGAGAACUUCUGUUCAUGGAAGAGGAUGCCAGCCCCCAUCAGACUGCGGGAGCUGAUCCGGACCAUCCGGACAGCAAGAACCCAGGCAGAAGAGCGUGAGAUGAUUCAGAAGGAAUGUGCUGCGAUCCGGUCAUCCUUCCGAGAGGAAGAUAACACAUACAGAUGCAGAAAUGUGGCAAAGCUGCUGUACAUGCACAUGCUGGGAUACCCUGCACAUUUUGGACAGUUGGAGUGCCUCAAGCUCAUUGCCUCUCAGAAAUUCACAGACAAGCGCAUUGGGUAUUUAGGUGCCAUGUUGCUGCUGGAUGAGAGACAGGAUGUCCAUCUUCUUAUGACCAAUUGCAUCAAGAAUGACCUUAACCACAGCACGCAAUAUGUGCAGGGGCUGGCACUCUGCACUCUUGGCUGCAUGGGCUCUUCAGAAAUGUGCAGAGACCUUGCAGGAGAGGUUGAAAAGCUCCUCAAAACAUCCAACUCCUAUCUUAGGAAGAAGGCAGCACUGUGUGCUGUUCAUGUUAUUAGAAAGGUGCCUGAACUUAUGGAGAUGUUCCUGCCAGCCACCAAAAACUUGCUGAAUGAAAAGAACCAUGGUGUUCUACACACAUCAGUAGUUCUCCUCACGGAGAUGUGUGAGAGAAGCCCAGACAUGCUUGCACAUUUUAGAAAGAACGAAAAGCUUGUUCCCCAACUAGUUCGUAUUCUGAAGAACCUUAUCAUGUCUGGAUAUUCACCAGAGCAUGAUGUGUCUGGGAUCAGUGACCCCUUUUUGCAGGUGCGAAUCCUGCGGUUACUAAGGAUUCUAGGGCGAAAUGAUGAUGAUUCUAGUGAAGCAAUGAAUGACAUACUUGCACAGGUCGCUACUAAUACAGAAACAAGUAAAAAUGUGGGAAAUGCCAUUCUCUAUGAAACUGUGCUGACUAUUAUGGACAUAAAAUCUGAGAGUGGACUGAGAGUGUUAGCCAUUAACAUCCUAGGCCGUUUCUUAUUAAACAAUGACAAAAAUAUUAGAUAUGUGGCUUUGACAUCACUGUUGAAAACUGUGCAGACAGACCAUAAUGCAGUACAGAGACAUAGAAGCACAAUUGUGGACUGCCUGAAAGAUUUGGAUGUCUCCAUUAAAAGGCGUGCGAUGGAACUGAGUUUUGCUCUUGUUAAUGGGAACAAUGUUCGUGGAAUGAUGAAGGAGUUGCUGUAUUUCCUAGAUUCAUGUGAGCCGGAGUUCAAGGCAGACUGUGCAUCAGGAAUAUUUCUUGCAGCAGAAAAAUACGCUCCUUCCAAACGCUGGCACAUAGACACCAUCAUGAGAGUCUUAACAACGGCAGGAAGUUAUGUUCGUGAUGAUGCUGUUCCCAACCUGAUCCAGCUGAUAACUAACAGUGUGGAGAUGCAUGCCUACACUGUGCAGAGACUCUACAAAGCCAUCCUUGGUGAUUACUCUCAGCAGCCACUGGUUCAAGUGGCCUCCUGGUGCAUAGGGGAGUAUGGAGAUCUUCUGGUGUCUGGUCAGUGUGAAGAAGAGGAGCCAAUACAGGUAACAGAGGAUGAAGUUCUUGAUAUUUUAGAAAGCGUUCUGAUAUCUAAUAUGUCUGCAUCUGUUACACGGGGCUACGCUCUUACUGCCAUCAUGAAGCUUUCCACAAGGUUCACCUGCACUGUCAAUCGCAUUAAGAAGGUAGUUUCCAUUUACGGCAGUAGCAUUGAUGUGGAGCUACAACAGAGGGCAGUGGAAUAUAACGCACUAUUCAAGAAAUAUGAUCACAUGAGGCCAGCCCUGCUUGAGAGAAUGCCUGUAAUGGAGAAAGUCACCACCAAUGGCCCUACAGAGAUUGUACAGACCAAUGGAGAGACAGAAACAGCGGUACUGGAAACCAAACCUCCACACUCUGGAUUGCAGCCUGGUAGCCAGGCAAAUGAUUUGUUGGACUUGCUGGGGGGGAAUGAUAUAACACCUGUAAUCCCCACUGCACCUACAAGCAAGCCAGCCUCUGCUGGUGGGGAGCUCCUUGACCUACUGGGAGACCUCAACCUAACAGGUUCCCCAGUAUCUGCCCCUGCACCCCAGAUAUCACAGCCUCCAUUCCUGCUUGAUGGACUGUCAUCACAGCCUCUCUUCAAUGAUAUUGCUGCAGGAAUCCCUUCAAUUACUGCAUACAACAAGAACGGGCUGAAGAUUGACUUCAGUUUUGAGAGGUCAAACACCAACCCCAGUGUCACUGUAAUCACAAUACAAGCCUCCAACAGCACAGAGCUGGACAUGACAGAUUUUGUUUUCCAAGCUGCAGUACCAAAGACAUUCCAACUGCAGCUUCUGUCUCCUAGCAGCAGUGUCAUCCCUGCAUUUAACUCGGGGACCAUUACACAGGUCAUUAAAGUCCUGAAUCCACAAAAGCAACAACUACGUAUGCGGAUCAAGUUGACAUAUAAUCACAAGGGCUCAGCAAUGCAGGAUCUAGCAGAAGUCAACAACUUCCCCCCUCAGUCUUGGCAGUGAGGCUCUGGCACCAUUCUUAUUCUCACCCCACCCAAUCAAAAGAACUCUGGGAAGAAGGUUGUGAUCCUUGGCAGUCCCCUAAACUGCACCAUGGGCAUGGGGAACAGAUGAGACCUGCUGAUGAGGAGGAAUUUUCCUGAAGUGAUUGCUGACUUUGAAGCAUAUCUGUUGAGACUAAUCUCCUCUCCUCUGCUGAUGAGGCUGGUGGCUUGUGGAGGCUACUCUGCACUCCCUCACACAUGCAUUCACAGCCAGAAGCAACAUUCCCUCCCUUCCCUGCCUCUCUACCCCCAAAGAAAAAACAGCCUGGUGUUGGAAGAGAAGUCUGGAAUUUCUUGCAGGGAAACUUUCUGUCUCUGCAGCAAGUGAACAACUGCCCCUUCUUUCUGCUGUCUUUUUUUUUUUUUUUCCCCUGGGAUGGUCAAGUUGUGUUUUCAAUUGUUACUAGCUGGAUUAUUUUCAGGCACUUUCAUCUGGGGCUCAGAAUGGGAACUUGGAGAAUUUUAGGUCACCUUGCCUCUUUCUUACUGUAUCCCCCAUGUCUAAAGGGACUGGAGGCUUUUUUUGGCCUGUUCAGUGCAUUACUGUAUACACACACCUCUUAGUUAUGUGAUACUUACCAAGAGCAAGUCAGGCCUUGGGACUUCAUCUGCAGACCUGGGACAGUGCAGGAAAGAGGUGCCGGUGAGGCUGAUUAAAAUUGCGUUGGUGCUGUACUUGGAAAUGAAGACCUUACACUUGAAUUUUCUUUCUUUCCAUCAGUGGCUGCAGCCAUAGAGAUUCAGUCUUCUGUAGCUUCCCCGGAAGGUAUGGUGAUGUAUGAGAUGUAGCGAUCUAAGAAGCAGCUGGUUUUCUACCACAGUUGAUUUCAAAGCCUUUAGUUGUGGUUUAUGGCAAGAAAAGACACAUUCAAUUUUGUAGAUCAGUCUUUGAGCAAAAGCUCUGUUGCCUGCUGGGAGACGCACCGGAGACUAUGCUGCAGAGUUGUUCUUAGUUAUUCCAGACUUUCUCCCCGGUUUAAUUUCCAGAGCCUGUUGUAGACUCCCUGGGUUCCAUUUGAUUUACUUCUGACUGGGAUAUUUGUGUUGUAUCUGUAACAUUGGCACUGAAAUAAAGACCAUGCGGUUUAAAGAGA